GUCCUUAUGCAGGGCUGCCGCGUUGGAAGCGAUUUUUGGAUGCGAGCAUGGGUGCAUAGCACAAAGGACACAGGAAGCCUGCCAUUCACCAUUGGUAUAUAUGCCUUGCUUGGUCUGACGCAGUUUGUCUGGUUCGCGCUAUUUGCGCUUUUCCUGAAGCUCCACGAGGGUGCCCUGAAGCGCGUGCUGCGAUCGCCAAUGUCAUUUUUCGACACGACACCGCUAGGCAGGAUUCUCAAUCGGUUUACCCGCGAUAUGGACUCGUUGGACCUGGUGCUGUGCGAGUUCUUCAGGCAGUUUUACCAGAAUACCUCGCGGCUUGUCGGUGCCUUUGUCACAAUCUCGAUACUCGUUCCUAUUUUCCUCGCACCGCUAGCACCCCUUGUCGUAGUAAGCUGGCUCCUCAUCUUCGUUUACAUGCGCACAUCCGUUGAGGUUCAGCGGGUUGCUGCUAUGUCCAGGUCGCCAAUGUAUGCCCACUACUCGGAGACACUCCAGGGGGCAGCGACCAUUCGUGCAUUCAGGUCUCAAGUACGCUUCGUUCUAAAAAAUGACCGUGUCCUGGAUGAUGCCAAUCGUCCGCAGUGGUAUUCGCUGGUUGCUCAGAACUGGGUCUGGCUGCGCAUCGACUACAUUAGCCACAUACUGUCGCUGAUCGUAUGCAUCAUAAUCAUCGUCCAGCCGACACACUGGGAUUCGGCGGCCAUUGGGCUUAUGCUGAUGCAGGCAACACAGAUGAGCGCAUAUAUGACGUAUGCAGGCCGUGGAUGGACUGAAUUGCAAAACAACAUGAACUCGGUCGAGCGCAUUGGAUAUUACGCCAACUCGUUGGAUCAAGAGGAACAGCAAGGACACGGCGUUGUCAUCAUUCGCAAUCUUUCGCUGAGGUACCGGCCCGGUCUGCCGCUAGCACUUAAGGAUAUCAACCUUGAGGUAUUCGAGGGUGAGCGUGUCGGGGUUGUUGGCAGAUCAGGCGCAGGCAAGUCUAGCCUUAUAUCGGCGCUGUUCCGUCUUGUCGAGCCAUGUGGGGGCAAAAUAUACGUUGACGGCGUUGAUAUCCACUGCGCCGAGGCUAUCUGCAUUUUGCCCCAGGACCCAGUCCUAUUCGACGGCACCUUGCGAUCAAAUCUCGACCCAUUGGGUGAGUAUUCCGACACAGACAUCUGGAGCGCGCUUGAGAGUUCACGGCUGAAGGAGCUUGUCUCGCAGCUUCCUGGUCGUCUGGAUUCUGAUAUCGGCGAAGGUGGUGAUAACUUUUCGGCGGGGCAGCGCCAGCUCUUUUGUUUGGCUCCGAACUGCGCGAUCCAGCGCAUCAUACAUAGUCUGCCGACGACCGUCAUCAGCAUAGCCCAUCGUCUGCAAACGAUCAUCACAUAUGACAAGGUCGCAGUUAUUGAUGAAGGGCAGGUUGUCGAAUUUGGUAGUCCCCUACCUAAUCAGUACUCCAGCGACGAUGGACCUAGUGGCGAAAGCAGCCAGCAGCAGCACACAUCGGCGUUUUACAGCAUGGUCAGAGAGCUGGGCGAGGCAACAGCUAACCGCAUGUACCUGCAGGCGCAAGCCGCAGCGCAGGGUCGAGACAAGCAAUGAUGUUUAUUUGAU